AUGGCCAACAUCAUCCCCCCCGAAACAGCUUCCGCUCUGCGAGCCCGGAUAGACCUCGAAACUUCAGGUCCAGAUCCCAGCAUCCCCGGCCUGGUGUACUGCGCCGUUAACCGAGAUGGAGAUGUAAUAUUCAGCCACGCGUCCGGGACCACCGCCCUGGGGGGGAAAAUGCCCAUGACCCUGGACACGACCUUCUGGCUUGCCUCGUUCACCAAGAUGGCCACCGGCAUUGCCUGCAUGCAGUUGAUUGAGCAGGGCCGCCUGCGGCUGGACGACUCGGAUCUCAUCGAGAGGCUCGCGCCCGAAUUGCGAGACGUCCAGGUCCUCGAGGAGCAGCCCGACGGCACGAUUACGCUGGUGCCCAAGAAGACCCCCAUCACUCUCAAAAUGCUUCUCACUCACACCUCAGGUUUUGGUUAUGCCUUUAGUGUGCCCAAGCUCAGGGAUUGGAGUCGGCCAAUAGGCCUAGACGACUUCUCUGGCAUAAAGUCCGACACACUUAACAGGCCGCUCGUCCACCAGCCGGGUACCACUUUCGAGUACGGAACUGGCGUGGAUUGGGCUGGGGUUUUGGUCGAACGAAUUACCGGACAAUCGCUAGAGGACUAUUUCCAGGAGCAUAUAUUACGGCCGCUUGGUAUCCAGACCAUCUCAUUCCGAGCUACUAAUCACCUCAAGGGCCGGUUGGCGACUAUGCAUCAUCGAGACCCCAGCGGAAAAUUACACAUUCGGGACCAUCUAUACCGAGCGCCUCUCGUGGAGCAGGAUCCCGACAAGCUAUUUUGCAUGGGUGGAGCAGGGUGUUUUGGAGCCCCCAUUGAGUACUGUGACUUGAUCGCGACGCUUCUUAACAACGGCACGCAUCCCAAGAUUGGGGUCCAACUCCUCAAGCCGGACACAGUUGAACUUAUGUUCACGGACCAGAUUCCAGAGCACCCUCGUCAUGUGAACGAGUUUUGGGAAGCUGCCAAGCGUGAUCUCACAAACCAGGGGCCCAUCAUGACUUACGAGGGCGAUCCAACCGAGGGCUGGGGCCUAACGUUCUCCCUCAGCCACCAACCCAGUGCCACAGGAAGAGCCGCAGGCUCCGCCUCAUGGGAGGGAUUGGCAAAUCUAUUCUGGUUUGCCGACCGCAAGACCGGAGUGGGCUGUGUGAUUGCGUCGCAGAUCCUCCCUUAUGGCGAUACAACAGUUUUGCGGUGCUCGGAAGAUGUUGAACGGGGAAUUUACACGGCACUCAAAGAGUCAAAGUAUGCAUAG